AUGAAAAAAUUUUUUUUUUUUAUCUUCAUUUUAGUAAUAAUAUACACUUUUGUAUAUAAUAUUAGCAAUGCUCUUGCGUCAAAUGAAAAGGAAAAAUUAAAAUUAAAAAAAAGCAAUGAUACAAAUGUAUCUAUUGUAGUUUUUAGCAUAUCUAAUGAAAUGCUUUAUAUUAACCAACAGCAUUUUGCAAAUGUUAAGAAGUUGCAACAUAUUCUUCUAAUGUGUCUUACAUCAGAAAAUAAAAAACAUAUUUUAGAUAAUCUAGGAAUAGAAAGUAUAAAAUUAUCAUUAUAUGAGAAUUUUAAGAAAGAAAUAUAUAAAAAUUUAAAAAUUUUUUUUCAAUUCAUUAAAAAUAAUUUUGAUUACCUGAAUGAAGUUAUAAAUAAAGAAAAAAAAAAAGAUAAAUUAUCACAGACAUAUUACAUUGAAAAUGAUAAAUUAUUAAAUUUAUUGGAAAAAGUAAUGAACUUUGAUAAAGAAAAUAAUUCCAUAUAUAUUGAAAAAUUACACCAAUUCAAAAAUGUAAUGGAAUGUGUUAAUGUAUCUAUAUCAAUGAAUUUAGAAAAUGAAAAAAAUCCUAUAGUUUUAAUUAUGAAAAUAGAUGAGAAUAAUAAUAAUAUUAGUAUAAAAAUAGAUAACAAUUUGUCAUCAGAAAACAUUAACAGUAUCAGAAAAAAUGAAUAUCUAAAUACUGACAAAAUUCAAAUUCUUCAAAAUAUAUUGUAUCCAUUGAAAACAGGUAAUUUAAUUUUGAGAAGUUCUAAAAGUUUGAAAUGGCCUUUGAAAUAUUUCCGAAAUUUAUGUUCAAGCAAUAAUUAUAAAGUUGCCUCAGAAAAUUGGGUUAAUUAUUUUUAUGAUCACAACGAAACACUAUGCCAUGUAGAAACAUGUGGUUCUGGUGAUUGCUUAUUUUUAACAUUAGAAUAUUUAUUAAGUGAAAAUGGAAUAAGAACAUAUAAUAUAUUUACAAAUGAAAAUAUAAAGGAAAGCAAAUUUAUUAAAUGGUACGUGGAAAAUAUAAAGUCUCCAAACCAAAAAAAAUUUAAUGUUGUUGACUUAAGAUAUAUAACUACCUAUUAUGUUAUAAAAUAUUUCCCAGGAUAUUCAAAUGAAUAUGACAUCGAUGAGUCAUAUAUAAACGAUAAAUUAGAUUUAUUGAUAAAUCUUGAGUUCACAAAUUAUUAUUUAAAAAAAGAAUCAAUUUACGAAAUGAUACAACAUAAAUAUGAAGGAGACAAAUUAAAAGGAAAUGUAUUUCUAUCAACAAUAUCAGAUUUUUUCUCUAAUGUUUUACCAUUUCAUAAUAUAUCACCUUCUUAUAAUGUUAAUAACAAUAAUUAUAAUGAUGAUGACUAUAAUGAUGAUAGUAAUUAUAAUGAUGAUAAUAAUUAUAAUAGUGAUGAUAAUACUGAUAAUAAUAACCAAAAUGACGAUGAUUUUAAUAAUAAUAGUAAUAAUAAUAAUAAUGGCGAUGAUUCUAAUGAUAGAAAUAGCAAUAAUGACAAUGUUUCUAAUGAUAAAAAUAGCAAUAGUGGCAAUGUUUCUAAUGAUAAAAAUAGCAAUAAUGGCAAUGUUUCUAAUGAUAAAAAUAGCAAUAAUAAUGAUAUUUCUAAUGAUAAAAAUAGCAAUAAUAAUGAUAUUUCUAACAAUAAAAAUGGCAAUAGAGAUGAUGAUUAUAAUAAUACAUAUUAUAACCGAGAAUGCACUGAUAGUUGUAAUAAUAAUUCUUUCCUUUCUUAUGAUAAUAAUAAAUAUUAUUCAACGUUUUUACCAGAACAUAAAAAAAUUUUAUCUUACGAUAUACAAGAUGAGAUUAUAAGCUCAAAUGAAAAGGACACUAUUUUAUUAAGUAAAAAUAGAAAUAUUAUAGAUUAUAAUGAAAAUAAAGAUACUAAAUCAAUCAAUAACGCAGAAAGAAAAAAUUAUGAGGAUGAAUAUGAAGACAUUUUACAUGACAUUGAUGACUUUGGUAACAGAAUGUACGAGUUGAUUUUUUUUAAAAUAGUUUCAUUAUCAGAUAAUGAUUUAACUUUAGAUAAAUUAAAAAAAAUUAACAAAAAAAGUUUAACAAAAUUAAAAGGAACAAAUCUGAAAGUGAAAGUUAUUGGAUCUCAUGUAUUUAUGAAGAACAUUGAAGAAGGAAUUAUUCUUCCAUUUUAUAAUUUAGAUAAUAUAAAAAAUAAAUUAAAUAAUCCUUUUAGUAAAAAAAAUUAUGCAAAUAAAGAUUUGCAUGUUGUUGUUAUAAAAACGACUUUUAAUAAAAAUAUAAAAAAUAGUAAUGGAGUAACUACUAGAAGUUUGUUAUUAAGGCAUGACGGAGAUUGUAUUUCUUAUUGGUCAAUAAAGAAUAAUAAAUAUCAUUUUACCAGUGAUAACAAAGUAAUUCAAACUAGCACCUUUCAAGAAAAAGCAUCAGCUUUUUUCUAUGAGAGAACAAGAACUGGUCAAACUCAUUGGGGAGAUGAAAUUGAUUAUGAUGCAUUUCAAAAAAUGUUUAACAUCGGUUUAAUUACAUUUAUAAAUAAUAGUACUGAAUUUUUUUUUUCAAAAGAUACUUUUAAAGAGUAUGAAUUAUAUCUUUUAAUCUAUUUUUACUCAGAUAUUCAUUUUGAGCCUGGAAUUCACAUAAUAGUAAAAGGAAAAAAUACAAGUCUUAAUUCAGCAUAUAAAAAAAAUAAAAUUCCUCUUUCUUUCUUAGAAAUAAUUAAGAAAUAA